AUGGAGCCUGGGUUCACAGGUGCCAGACUAGUGACUGGGUCCUCCGUGCUGGCCUGGCACCAGGUUCACUGGGACAGUUCUGGUCCUGGAGUGUGCAGAAAAGAACUUUUAAGUUUUCCAAUGUCUGACAGACUAAGGAAAGAAGAUAAGGGUGAACUAGCAGAAGCUGGUCAGAGGAGGCACCUUGCAUUCUGGCUCGGUUGCAAACGGGAAAAUCCAGAAAGAACCUUUGACUUGGUAUUGAAGGUGAAAUGCCAUGCCUCAGAAAAUGAAGAUCCUGUGAUAUUGUGGAAAUUCCCAGAGGACUUUGGAGACCAGGAAGUACUACAGAGCGUGCCAAAGUUCUGUUUCCCCUUUGACGUUGAAAGGGUAUCCCAAAAUCAAGUUGGACAGCACUUUACCUUUGUACUGACAGACAUUGAAAGUAAACAAAGAUUUGGGUUCUGCAGACUCACAUCAGGAGGCAAAAUUUGUUUAUGCAUCCUUAGUUACUUGCCGUGGUUUGAAGUAUAUUACAAGCUUCUAAAUACUCUGGCAGAUUACUUGGCUAAGGAACUGGAAAAUGAUUUGAAUGAAACACUCAAAUCACUCUAUAACCACCCAGUACCAAAGGCAAACACUCCCGUCACUUUGAGUGUGCAUUCCUACUUCAUUGCCCCUGAUGUAACUGGACUCCCAACAAUACCUGAGAGUAGAAAUCUUACAGAAUAUUUUGUUGCUGUGGAUGUGAACAAUAUGCUGCAACUGUAUGCCAGUAUGCUGCACGAAAGGCGCAUCAUUAUUACCUCUAGCAAAUUAAGCACUUUAACUGCCUGUCUCCAUGGAUCGGCUGCUCUGCUCUACCCAAUGUAUUGGCAACAUAUAUACAUCCCAGUGCUUCCUCCACACCUGCUGGACUACUGCUGUGCCCCAAUGCCAUACCUGAUUGGAAUACACUCCAGCCUCAUAGAGAGAGUGAAAAACAAAUCAUUGGAAGAUGUGGUUAUGUUAAAUGUUGACACAAAUACUCUAGAAUCACCAUUUAAUGACUUGAACAACCUGCCAAGUGAUGUGGUCUCGGCCUUGAAAAAUAAACUGAAGAAACAGUCUACAGCUACUGGUGAUGGACUAGCUAGGGCCUUUCUUAGGGCACAGGCUGCUUUGUUUGGAUCCUACAGAGAUGCUCUGAGAUACAAACCUGGUGAGCCUGUCACUUUCUGUGAGGAAAGUUUUGUAAAGCAUCGCUCAAGUGUGAUGAAACAGUUCUUGGAAACUGCUGUUAACCUUCAACUUUUUAAGCAGUUUAUAGAUGGUCGACUGGCAAAACUAAAUGCAGGAAGGGGUUUCUCUGAUGUAUUUGAAGAAGAAAUCAGUUCAGGUGGCUUUUGUGGAGGAAACCCAAGGUCAUAUCAACAGUGGGUACAUACAGUAAAGAAAGGAGGUGCACUGUUCAACACAGCAAUGACCAAAGCAACGCCUGCAGUACGGACAGCUUAUAAAUUUGCAAAAAACCACGCAAAGCUGGGAUUGAAGGAAGUGAAGAGUAAACUGAAGCACAAGGAAAAUGAGGAAGACUACGGGACCUGUUCUGGUUCGGUACAAUAUACACCAGUUUACACUUUACACAGUGAAAAGGGAGGAAACAUAGAAAAGCGUAAGCUUGCCCAGGCACGCUUAAAAAGGCCUCUUAAGAGCCUUGAUGGUGUUCUAUAUGACGAUGAGGAGGACGACAUUGAAAGAGCAAGCAAGUUAUCUUCUGAAGAUGGUGAGGAAGUUUCUACUUAUUUUUAUGAAAGUGAUGACUCUGUUGAAACAAAAGCAAUGAUUCCUUAUCCAGGUGAAAUGGACUUGUUAGGAGAGAUCCUCGACACACUGAGCACACAUAGCUCAGAUCAAGGAAAGCUGGCAGCUGCAAAGAGCUUGGAUUUCUUUAGAUCAAUGGAUGAUAUUGAUUACAAACCUACGAAUAAAUCCAAUGCUCCUAGUGAGAAUAACCUGGCUCUCCUAUGUGGUGGUUCUGGUGAUCAAACAGAGUGGAAUCUCGGGCAGGAUGAUAGUGCUCUCCAUGGUAAACACCUCCCUCCAUCUCCCAGGAAGAGGGUUUCCUCUAGUGGCUUGACAGAUUCUCUCUUCAUCCUAAAAGAGGAAAACAGUGAAAAACACCUCAGUGCUGACAAUAUGAGUAGCCCUACUGUGGUGGAAAAGCCAGAUCUUACUGCAGGAUUGAGUUUUCCAAUAGCUGUCACUGAAGUAUCCCAGACUGAUAAAGGAAGAAGAGAAAAGAAAGAAACACUAAGCCAGAUUUCAGAUGAUCUGCUUGCGCCCAGCCUUGGGCAAUGUCCAUCUACUUUCGUUCCUUGGGAGAAAGAAGGGAAAGUCAAAACAACUUCAGAAGAUAUUGGACUGCUCCAUGAAGUAGUGUCAUUAUGUCACAUGUCAUCUGACUUCCAACAAGGUUUAACCAUUUCAGAAGAAAGUACAAGGGGAAACCAAGCUUAAGUCACCAAUUAAGGGUCAUUCACUUGCAUCUAAGCUUCUAUGGAAACAUUUUGGGAUUGCCUGAAAUUUAUGUAGUAAACAAAAUCAUUUGUAGGAAUGAUAACUCUUGCUACUAUUUAAUUUUUUUUUAUUUGGAACAAACAUUUCCCCCACUUGUUCAUCUUGUGGAUAUGUAUGUUAUCCAUCGAUUUUAAAAUGUAAAGUGAAUUCGUCUACUGUGCUAUUAAAUCAGGUACUAGUUUGUAUGUA